GUAAUAAGAGUCCCAGGAAGAGCAAACUAUUUGAAACAUGGUGAGCAUUACCUGCAACUCUUCUACUGCACUGUCCUGUCCUACAGAAUCUCUGUCGAAUGGUCUGAACAUUCCCAUUCUGGGUUUAGGGACGUCUCAUAAUGGCGGCUACAGUCAUGAAGCAGUGCUGUACGCACUGCAGGAAUGUGGCAUAAGGCAUAUAGACACAGCCAAGCGUUAUGGUUGUGAGGAGGCUUUGGGGAAGGCUAUAGCAGAUAGUGGUGUACCACGAGAGGAACUCUGGCUCACCACCAAACUGUGGCCUGGAGACUACGGCUACCAGAGUGCGAAACAAGCCUGCCGGGCCUCCUGUGCCAGGCUGGGGGUAGAUUAUUUAGACCUGUAUCUGAUGCACUGGCCUGACUGCAUGGUUCCAGGUCUCUCCAAUAGUGAGAUUCGAGCAGAGACAUGGAGAGCUCUGGAGGACCUUUAUGAUGAAGGUUUGUGCCGUGCCAUUGGAGUGAGUAACUUUCUCGUCCGUCACUUGAAUGAGCUGAAGGACAUUGGUGGAACUGUGCCUCAUGUUAACCAAGUGGAGUUCCAUCCCUUCCAGCAGCCACUGGAGCUGGUUGAAUAUUGCCAGAAGGAGAAAAUUGUUUUUGAGGGCUACUGUCCUCUGGCCAAAGGUCAAGCCCUCACACAUCCUCUUAUCCUUCAGCUGGCCCAGAAAUAUGGCCACAGCGCAUCCCAAAUCUGCAUCCGCUGGAGUAUUCAGAAUGGAGUUGUCACAAUUCCCAAGUCCACUAAACCAGAGAGGAUCCGUGAAAACUGCCAAGUGUUUGGGUUCAGGUUGGAUGAUUCAGACAUGGCUGCCCUGAGUUUGUUGCAUGAUGGGAGACAUGUGAGCUGGGACCCAACUCAUGUGGAAUGACCAUGACCAUCCCACCAGUUCAGGUAUUUGGGUUCACACUAAUAAAAGACGACAUGGACAUAAUUAGUAGUUUACACACUAAUCGGAAGUUAAAUAAUCUCAGGUAUCCAAUCUGGAAAAGACAAUGUGUCAAUCAAAUGCCAAGGGAUUUGCUUUUGGAUAACUGGUACUGUAGGGAUGGGCAUUAUAGAGUCAUUUUACUGUGGAGUACUCAAACCCUCAUAAAAUGAAUAAUCGAUUACAUGUAAAUAAAAUAAGAGGUAAGACAAAUACUUGAAAUUUCUCUUUUGUUUAAUUCACAAACCUUAACAAGACCGGUUUCAAAAGAAGCGAACUUUAACAAAGUAUGCAUUUCUUUUGGAAAAAUGACAUCAUACAUUACAUUUUAGUUACAAUUUUCAAUGCUUUAAUGAAUAUAUUAUGACUGCGAGACUUGGUGAGAGAUUCAGAGGGAAAGUAUAUUUCAGCAUUGCCUAUGGGAGGCAAAUGCGCAAAGGAAAAUCAAUUUGUGAUUAAGUAGUUUUUUUUAAUUGUCGAUUAGUUGGUACUCUCCUUUAAAAUCCAUGUGUUGAUCUCUUUGUGAAAGGUUAUGAAAUUGAUUGAUUCAAUCCAAUAAACAGUAUUUAAUAAACAAUCCUACUUUGAUUGCCGGUAGUUUCUUUUUUUUUUCCACUUAAGUUUGUUU